AUGUCAACCGAUCUUCAAGACUUGGCCACCAAGCUUAAGAAUGGAAAGUUCUCCAAUGUUGUCUUUAUGGUGGGAGCUGGUAUUUCAACCAGUGCAGGAAUUCCCGACUUUAGAACUCCCGGAACCGGCUUGUACUCAAACUUAGCUCGUCUUAAACUACCUUACCCAGAAGCGGUUUUUGACAUUUCUUACUUUAAACGCCGACCAGAAGCCUUUUAUACGCUUGCUGAUGAACUCUACCCUACAAAGUUUAAGCCCACCCGCUUUCAUGCUUUUAUAAAACUUCUAGAAGACAAAGGAUAUUUGGGCAAAGUAUUUACUCAAAACAUUGAUACCCUUGAACGGCUAGCAGGCGUAAGUGGGGACAAGGUUAUAGAAGCUCAUGGAUCUUUUGCCAAGAACCAUUGUAUUGAUUGUGGCCAUGAAAUGUCAACUGAUGAACUUAAACGGCAAAUGUACAAGCUUGAUAAAGAUAUCGUUUUGACUUCUCCACCAAAAAUCCAAGAAGGUGAGACUGUUGGUAUCCCUAAAUGUCAAAAUCCCAAAUGCAAAGUUUCUGGAGGAGGUUUAGUUAAGCCGGACAUUGUAUUUUUUGGUGAAGGUCUUCCCGAAGAGUUUUUUGAGGCAUGGGAAAAUGAUCUUCCCAAAGCUGACCUGGUAAUUGUUGCAGGAACAUCUUUGGCUGUUUCUCCCUUUUCUUCAUUACCUGAUAUGGUGAAACAUAAAAUACCCCGGCUACUUUUUAACAUGGAAGAAGUAGGAUCUCUUGGUUCUAGAGACAAUGAUGUUCUUUCUCUUGGAAGUUGUGAUGAAAAGGUUGAUGAUUUUUGCUCCAUGUGUGGUUGGGAAACUGAGCUUGAGGAUCUAAUAAAUUCUAUUCAUAAGGAACUUGACUCAAAAUAUUCAGAAACGAGCGAAGAUAAUGCUGAACCCGAAAAGAAUGAAGAAACUGCUGAGGCAUUGUCCAAGGAAAUUAGCGAAAAAGUUGAAAGCAUCUUGGCGCCAGAAGAAAAGGAGUUUGAAAAAGAACGACCAGAGGAAGAGGACAAGUCGGAAAUUGAGAGUCUCACAAAGAAAAUCGAGAAUCUAUAG